AUGAGUUUUGAAGAUUUCAAGAGGAAUAAUAGAGGAAUUAACGAUGGCGCUGAUAUACCGCCAGAACAUCUGGAAUUUCUCUAUAGUGAGAUAAAGAAUAAACCGUUCUCACUCGAUGAGGAUGAGGAUUUGAAAUUGAAGUUGGCAAGUCGGCAGAAAUCUGCGAUGCAACCAUCGAGGAGGUUUGAGCUGUUUAUAAAAGAGACGGAGUCUAUAGUGGAAAAAUCAAAGGAGAUGUUGAGCAAACGGCCGGAGGAAUUGGGCAGGAUCAGAGACCCUUUGGAGUAUCUAGGACCGAUGUUCGAGAUACUUCAUGGGUUGGAAGUACUUGUUUUCGACAGCCGACGAGACGUUCGUACAGCCGCUAUCGAUAAGUUGUUUGAGUGCCUCACAUCACAGAUUGAUGAUUUCGAUAACGACACUCUACUCAUGGUUUUCAACGGCGUAUUAUCUCCCUUGUUUGACGAUAUGCUGCAUUUGUUGACGCCUGGUAACAGGCCACCCACCCCUCCGGUUGAGAGGAGUGCCACCGAGCAGGGUGUCACCAGCAGUACAUGUUUAUCGGCGGUAUCGGCAUUGACUCGUCUUGUGGACAAGCGCUUCGAUCGCCUAGGGUUCCUCCUCCCACAGAUACUUGCUUUACUGGGAGCCUGUGUACAUCACGAGAGUGAAGCUGUUGCUAGGAUUGGCGUGGAAGCUGACAAGCAGUUGUUGAUAUCGAUCGGUGGUAGAUGCUCUGAUGCGCAGUGGAUGAAGAUAGCGGACCAUAUUCACAAACUGUUUACCACGACUUUACCUAGCGAGCUUACUCAAAAUGUUAAGACUGUUAACAGCAAUGGUCCGGUCCCUGCCGGCGCGACGAACAAGCACGGUGCGACUGGUUCAGUACGAAGACGUGGUGAGAACUUGCCUUUCGAUUCGUCGGAAGUGGUAACAAAGUGCGUCGUCCAGCUACUGUUGAUCGAUCUGGUAUAUAGAGUUUUCUUUCGAGAGCACUACGACAAGGUUCCAUCUGGAGCCGUGGAAACCAUCUUGGAUGCGUUGCAGCUCAGUUUCAAAUUUGCUCAUUCGUUCAACGUCCGUCUGGAUAUCAGAGAGAGGUUAAAGAAGCUCGGUUUUAUGCGGGAUAUGAAGCAGUUACCAGGAUUGCUCAAACAAGAGCGUGAAGGUAUGGCAAUGGCUGGAAUGCGGUUUUCACCACCUGAGUGUAUCUAA